GAUAGUCAAGAGGGAAGAUGUUAGGAGGUGAUUUGGGAGAGCAUUUUAAGAAUUUACAUUUAAAUUUACUAGCCGGAGCGUCUAUUAGAUUGUUAUUACCAGGUUCUAGUCAAUUUGAUAGCAUCCCUAUUAACUCUAGCAAUGUAGACGAUACACUCGAGUCUAUACUACAAGCUACACCUUAUUAUAACAACAAAGAAUGGAGAGCCUUCUUAAACGCUUAUAUCAAUCUACUCAAUAAAGUUGGCGAUAUUUGGCAGCUACUUACGAAAUGCUACACCACGGUAACACCCAUUUACCUCUCUAAUAGUGAUAAUGGGGUUGAUAUUACACCAACGUUGAAGUUAUUAUCGACUGCUUUAGUCAAAUACUCAUUCAGAAUAUCAAAAGAAGCAUCCUCACACGCUGCUUCACUCUUAUCUAGAUUGCUAGCAGCUUCUAAUACCGAUAUACCACAACGCAGACGCGUUUUAGUACACACAGCCAAUAUGCUAUCUUGGACAUAUUUCAAAUUACGAAGGUUGCACUCUCUCCCUACAGCACUUAAAGCUGUUAUACCAAUAGAAGAUGAACUCAAAAACAAUUACCCAGCUAGCGAAAUUACAACUUACCGUUAUUGGCGCGCAAGAUCAAAGCUAGCCGAGUGGAGAGUGGGUGCGGCAGAUCAUCAUUUCAGUAUCGCGUAUAUGUCUUGUCAUUAUAAUUCGAUUGGGAACCUACGAAGGAUUGUCUCAUAUUGGCUUACAUGCGCGCUUAUUCUAUGCAGAGCACCAACUGAGGAUAUGCUAAUACGUUAUGGAUUGGAGGAACCAUUUGGAGAACUAUUUAGACAACUCCGUAGAGGCGAUGUAGGUGGACUCUAUUCAGCUCUCAAUCAGCCCAACACGAGGAAUUUCUUUAUCAAAAUGGGUGUAUAUACUAUGCUUAAAGAGAAGCUGGAAUGUGUAGUACAUCGCUCUCUAUUGCGGAAAAUUUUAACAGUAAGGGGUGACGAGAAUAGGAUAAUACCAUUGAAAAUAUUCCUCUCUGCAUUGAACUUUACGGCCCCAGAUGAAGAAUAUGAUGUGGAUGACGCUGAAGCUAUAGCUGUCAGUCUGAUCGACCAAGAAUUCAUAGGUGCUAGUAUACAACAUAGUUCACGUACACUUGUAUUGGCUAAAGCAAAUUCUGCUGCGUUCCCUAUUAUAUCACAAAAAUUGUAAAAAAAUGUAUUCUUUCUUCGUUGUUG